UUUCCAAUAGUCCAUUUUCCAUAUAUUCGUGACCUAUCCGCUUUGAUUCGCAUCAUUCUCUUGUUUUGUGAUAAUUGUCCAUUGUGGUUUGUCGUUUAUUCAUUUGCAGUAUGUAAGCGGUGACUGAAAAUAUUAGAAUUCAAUAUUUUCCGUGUUUAAGUGAAAAUUAACAUCAUUAUAGUAUGUCGAACAAGCAAAAAAUAAUAAUCACCGAAGCAGAAAAAGCAUAUCGCACAAAAUACUAUCACUUUUUUCAAGUGGUGAGCAAACGACAACUUCUUUGCACUUCCUGUGGCAACGAACUUAGUCCAUCAUCGAAAUUUAUAUCCAGUCAUCCUAUUUUAGAAAUUUUACAAUGUACUACGUGUUUGGAUAAAUAUCAAAAAACUAAUUUUAAUUCUGAUAACGGCAAAUGUCUUAUUUGCUGUAGCAGCAGUACAUACAGUUGUAGCAAUAAAUCCUGUCCGUGUCAGUUUUGCAGGAAAUGCAUUAAAAGAAACGUAAAUAAAUGCAUUCAAGAGGCUGAGAAGGACGACUGGAAAUGUUUUGUGUGUAACGUGAAGCCAUUUUGGGAAUUAAGAGGAAUCUGUGCAGCUAUUAUGGCUUUACCAAACAAACGACAAUCAAAGCGGAAUAAAGAGAAAAUCGAUUCUCCCUCUCUACAGAAAGAAGCGCGAAAAUCACAUAGAACAUUCAAGAUACGUAAUAAACUUUACGAUUCCUCCAGUGGUGAAAAUUCAAAUGACAAUUAUAAUCGUCCACUUUAUAAAGAUGGUUUAACUGAUGAUGAAAUUGUUGAUAAAAAUUCUUCAUCCUCCGAUGAUUUUGAAUCGUCACGAAAAAAAACAAACAUCAAUCGACGAAAUUCGAAAAAAACAAGAAAACCCUUUGUCACUAAUAGUAAUUCAAAUUCAAGAAAAACGGAAAAAUUGGAAAAAUCAGAAAAAUUAGAAAAAGAUGAAAAAAAAGUUUCCGACAAGAAUAAUAGAAGAAAACUUUAUUCUUCAAUUAAGGAAAAUAUUGAAGUCACUUCAGUUGAUGCAAUAACUGAUGAUGACAAUGAUGAUGACGACGACGACGAUGAUGAUGAUGAAAAAACAAAACAAGCAACAUUAAAAUUUCACAAUAGUAUUUCAAUUCAUUUCAAAAAAUUGCGAAAAUCACUUAAGAAAAUUUCUUCAGAAAUCGAUAAUUGUGAGGAACAAUGUUUAAAUGGUAAUUUUAAAACUAAAAAUGAUGCUCUUGAUAUAACAAAACGUUUAGAGAAUAUUCUCAAAGAAACUGAAACCACAACAAUUGAAAGUUCAAAAGAAAUUAAUAAAACCUAUCAAUCAUGGUCAAGAAAUUAUAGUUCAUAUUUUAAAUUAAAAAAUGGAUACAAACGAAGAAAAAAAGUGAAAAAUAGUUCAACAAAUGAUGAUAAUGAUGAUAAUGAAAAAAAAAGUAACACCGAUGAUGAGCCAAUAGAGAAAAAAAGAAUUUUAGAAAUAACAAACAAUGAAGUACCAUCUGAUUGUGAUAGCGAUGAAAUAUUUUCCGGCAAUGAUAUAACUCAAAUUCGUGAAAAUGAAAAUUCAUCAAAUAAAUCAAAAUCCUCCGAAUUAAAUGACAAUGAACAAACAAUAAAUAAUUCAAAUUCUUCUUUCGAUGAAAAUAAUAAAGAAACAAAGAAGAAAAAUUCAAAUAAAGAUUCCGAUUUCGAUGAUGAUUUGAGAAAAAGAAGAGAAAAAUUAAGCAAUGGAAAGGAAAAAAAUAAAAAUGAUGAAGAAAAAUUGGCAAAAGAAAAAUUACUUGCAUCAAGUAGUUCUGAAACUAAAAUUAAUACAAGUGACACAGAAUCGGAAAAAGAAUCGAAAUCCGAUGAAAGUGCUUCCAAAAAUGCUUCCAAGAAAUGUAAUAAAGAAAUGAGGGAAACUGAUUCUGAGAAAGAGGAGAAACAAGAAGAAUUGGCAAAGAAAAAAUUGUUGGAAUCAAGUAGUGAUUCGGAGAAUGAAGAAACGAAUUUAUUAAACGAAGAAGAAAAUAAUGAUGAAAGUACAGAAAUAGGAAAUAAGAAAAAAGAGAAAGAAAAGGAAAAAUUACUCGAAUCAAGUGAUUCGGAUUCGAAUUCAAAUUCGAAAAAAUCAAAAAUAGAAAAUAUUAAAAAUACAACGAAAACUUCUGAAGCGAAAGCAAAGGAAAAAUUACUCGAAUCAAGCGAUGAUUCAGAUGGGGAAAAAGAAGAAAAUGCAAAGAAAAAAUUACUUGCUUCAAGCGAUGAUUCAGACGUUGAAACAGAAAAAAUUGAUAAAACAAAAAAUACAGAAGAAAAAGUAAAAAAAAAAUUACUCGCAUCAAGCGAUGAUUCAGAAAUAGAAAAAUCAUCAAAAGAAAAAAAUUCCGAUGAAAGAGGAAAAAAAAAUUUAUCAUCGAGCGAUAAUUCAGAAAAAGUGGAAAUUGAAAAAAAAUCUAAAAUUUCGCAAGAUUCACAAGAAAAGAUAAAUGAAAAAUUACUCGAUUCAAGUGACGAUUUAAAUUCAAUGGAAAACAUUUCUAACGAUGAAGAAACAAAUUCCAAAGAAAUGUCAAAAAAGAAAAAAUUAAAUGAUUCCGAUACGAAUUCAAAAGAAAAUAAAUUAAAUCAAAAGAAAAACGAUAAGGAAAUAAUUGAAGAAACACCAUCACAAAAACAUCAAUUGGAAGAAACGGCAAAGAAAAAAUUACUUGAAUCAAGUAAUGAUUCAACAUCUGAAAAAGAAUCAAGCGAAGAAAUUGUAACUCAACACGAUGAAGUGGAGGCAAAAAAGAAAUUACUCUAUUCGAGUGAUUCGGAGAAGGAAACGGAAAAAACUAAGGAAGAAAAGGCGAAGAGUAAAUUACUUGAAUCUAGCGAUAAUUCCCUGGAUGAUAAAGAAGAAGAAAAAGAAAUAGAAAAAGAAGGAAAAGAAGAUAAAAAUGAAAAAAAUUUGGAAGAGAAUGCUAAGAAGAAAUUAUUAAGUUCAAACAGUGAUUUAUCAUCGAUUGACGAUUCACGAGUUGAAGAUACAAUGAAUUUUGAUGGAAUUGGAAGUAAUUUAUCAUCGUCGGAAGAUGAGAAGAGUCAUGAUUUAUUUAGUUCACUUGAAGUUGUUGAAACGCGAAAAAGAAAGAGAAGCCAAUCGUCUGAUGAUAAUUCUGAAUCCUGUCGAUCGCGACGUAAGAAAACAUUUAAAAUUUCCAAAAAUACACAUUACAGGAAUGAUGAGAAACUUCGUUUAGCUUGCUAUGUGAAAUUAGAAAGACUCAGCAGGAGAAUUUUGAAAAAAUAUGCUAAAGCAUUGCAGAAAUCCAAACGACAUCUGGAGCAAGAGAAGCAUAAAAGUCUUAUUUCAAUGGAUAAUAUUGAAAAAACUCGAAAGCGAAACAAAUUAGCUUCAACAUCAUCGGAUAAUGAUGAUUCUGAAUCAAAAUCAAAUCGACGUAAUCGAAAGAAAGCAAAUGAAAAGGAUGAUGAUACAUUAAUGGAUCAUUUGAAGAAAGUGGAAAAUGGUGAAGUUGAUAAAAAACAAGAGCUUAUGAAAAGUUCAGAAGAUGAAUCAUCAAAUGAAAUGCGGAUAAGGGUGAAAAGUAAACAAGAUCUUUUUAAUGAAGCUGAAAAACGAGCAAAGGAUUUGUUACUUUGCAGUUCUGGAUCUGAUGCUGAAAUGCCACCCGAUGUGUACGAUGAGUCAGAGAAAGAGAAAGAGGGAAAUAAAGACAAGAAAAAUAAAGAAAAAGAAAAAGAAUCGAAGAAGAAAGAAAAAUUAGAGAAAGAUAAAUCUGAGAAAAGUAACAGCGAUGAUUCUUCAAUUGAUGAAGAGGAGGCUAAAAAGAAAGCGGAUAAGGACAAAUGGAAAAAUGAUAAAUUACUUCGCUCGAAAAUAUCGGAUUCAGAUUCCGAGGUUGAAAAGGCAAAAUAUGAAAAGCGUAAAGAAAAAUUGGAAGAGAAAGAAAAGAAAGACGAUUCAAGUUCAAAUGAAGAGAAAUCAAAAGUGGUGAAAAAGAAAAAGCGAGUGAAAAGAAAAAUAUUGGAUUCAGAUUCAGAUAUUGAAAUUGUCAGUGAAUAUGACAGUUCAUCGAGUUCUUCAAAAGCAUCAAAAACAAAAGAAGAUAAAAAAAAAUCACGUAAACGAGGUGCUAAAAAAUCAUCAGAUUCAGAUGAUUCACUUGAAGAGAAAAAACCGAAAACAAAACGAAAACGAAUAAAACAAGUGAGUGACAGCGACAGUGAUAGUGAAGCUGUUACAAAUUCACAAAGUUCGCCAAUUAAAGGUGGAAGAAAAAAUAUUCGUAAAGUUCUCAAGGACAAACAAGUCGCUGAUGAUACAAAACAAGCGGCAAAAGAAGAAGAGGAACGUCUCAAGAGAAUAGCGGAAAGACAAAAAGUGUAUAAUGAAAUGUACGAGAUUCGUUUGGCAGGCGAGGAGAAAGUAGAAAAAUUGAUAUUAGAUUUUGAUGAGGAAACAAAGAAAGAAUUAAUUUCAGUUGAUCCUGCAUUAGUUAAACGUUUAAAGCCACAUCAGGCAAAAGGAAUUAAAUUUAUGUGGGACGCUUGUUUUGAGUCUGUGAGUCAAAUUAAUAAUUCUAAAGGCUCUGGAUGUAUAAUUGCCCAUUGUAUGGGUUUAGGAAAAACUUUUCAAGUUGUCACAUUGGUUCACACUCUUUUAACUAAUAAAGACACUGGUGUCAAUACAGUAAUGGUUGUUUGUCCAUUAAGUACGGCACUAAAUUGGGCAAGUGAAUUUGAAAUGUGGCUUAAAGAUCUCAGCAAUUAUGAUGAUAUUGAAAUCAUUGAACUUGGAAGAUAUAAGCAGAAUUUCGAGAGAAAAUAUCAGUUAGAAUAUUGGAAAAAACAUGGUGGAGUAUUAAUAAUUGGCUAUGACAUGUUUCGAACUUUAACGGGAACUGGAAAAAGAAUGAAGAAAUCGAUGCAAACUUCAUUUUCACAAUGUUUAUUGGAUCCAGGACCCGAUGUUAUUGUCUGUGAUGAAGGUCAUUUAUUAAAAAAUGAAGACACAGCUUUAAGCAAGGCGAUGCGAAGAGUUAAAACUCUAAGAAGAAUUGUUCUGACUGGAACUCCACUGCAGAAUAAUUUAGUUGAAUAUCAUUGUAUGGUACAAUUUGUGAAACCAAAUCUCCUUGGUACAAAAAAAGAAUUUUCCAAUCGAUUUGUUAAUCCAAUUAAAAAUGGAUCGACUGCCGAUUCAACGCCAUAUGAUGUUAAAUUAAUGAAAAAGCGCGCUUUUAUUCUUCAUAAUUUAUUAGAAGGCAGUGUUCAACGUUUUGAUUAUUCUGUACUCACGCCAUUUUUGCCACCAAAACAGGAGUAUGUCAUUUCUGUGAAAUUGUCACCGUUACAAAUUGAACUCUAUCAGUAUUAUCUCGACAAUUUUACAGGAGGGUCAGCUAGAGGACCAAAACUUUUUGCUAAUUAUCAUGCAUUGCAACGAAUUUGUACUCAUCCAAUUGUGAUGAAAAUGAAUGCGGAGAAAAUGGAAAAGAAAAGACUUGAAGAAGAAGAUGAUUCAGAAGGUUCUUUAAAAGAUUUCAUUGACGAUGGAAGUGAUUCAUCUGAAAGUUCAUCAGAUAAUAAUGAUAAAGAUGGCAGCGAUGUUCAAUGUGUUGAUUCCGAUAAAGAUGUACCAAUUGCUCGUCGUGGAACACGAGCCAAUCCCAUUGAUGAACCCACAACGGAGGCAGAACCCGAAACAAUUGAACCAAGAGAAUGGUGGUCUGGUAAAAUAAAACCUGAACAUUUCGAUGAUAUUCGAGUUUCAGCAAAAUUGGUUCUUCUCUUUGGAAUUUUAAAAGAGAGCGAAAAACUCGGCGAUAAAAUUCUUGUUUUUUCGCAAUCACUUUAUUCUCUCACUCUCAUUGAGGAAUUUCUCUCGCGUAUGGACGAAGCGGCACAAAAUAAUAUUGAAUCGGAAAAUCUUGAAAAUCACACCGGAAGUUGGAGUUUGGGAUUAGAUUAUUUUCGACUUGAUGGUCAAACAUCAGCGGAUAAUCGAGCGCAAUGGUGUAAAAUUUUUAAUCGUCCAACUAAUACAAGAGCGAGAUUAUUUUUGAUAUCAACGAGAGCUGGUGGUUUAGGUAUUAAUUUAACUGCAGCAAAUCGUGUCAUUAUUUUCGAUGCCAGCUGGAAUCCCUCUCACGAUGUGCAGAGUAUUUUUAGAAUAUAUCGUUUCGGCCAAAAGAAACCAUGUUAUAUUUAUCGAUUCCUAUCAAAGGGUACAAUGGAGGAAAAAAUUUACAAUCGACAAGUGUCUAAAUUGUCACUUGCUUGUCGUGUCAUUGACGAACAACAAAUUGAACGACAUUUCAAUAGUAGCGAUCUCGCCGAAUUGUAUACAUUUGAUCCAAAUCCGCCGAAAGAUUCAGAAAUUCUUAAUUUACCAAAAGAUCGUUUAUUAGCGGAAAUUUUCCUUAAAUAUAAGGAUUUAGUUCACAAUUAUCAUGAACAUGAUUCUCUUUUAGAAAAUCAGUUGGAUGAAGUAUUAGACGAGGAGGAACGAAAAUUAGCAUGGGAGGAAUAUGAAAAUGAAAAGAAGGGAAGACCAGUGGUACAGUUUAAUCCUGUAAAUCUAUUUGGAUUAAAUCCAAUGAAUGCAAUGAAUACGUUCCAUAAUCAGGGAAAUAUAAUUUCCGAAGUCGAUUCAUUGGCUAAUAUGUUAAGGAAAGAUUAUCCUAAUCGCUCUGACGAGGAAUUGCGACAAUUGGCACAAAAUAAUAUACUAAAUAUGUAUAGUAGUUUAGUGGAACGACAAGCAAUGAAUAGAAAUCCACAACAGCAAAAUCAAUAUCUCCCACAGUCUUUUGCAAUGCAAUCGUACAUUCAACAACAACAAUAUCAGUAUCAACAACAGCAACAAAUUAUACGAAAUAUGCAAAGACAACAACAAUUAAAACAACAACAGCAAGUAUCGAAGAUGACAUCCUCCAGCAGAACUCCUGCAAGACACGCUGUAAUUGAUAUAUCGUCCCCAAACGGUCAAGAAGAAUAAAAAAAAAAGAAAAAUAUCGUUAAUAUAGUUUGUUCGUAUUAAUUAUGUCAAGUGAUAAUCUUUUCGUUUUUCGUUUGUUCUGUUCUUUUUUUUUUUUAGAUUUUUAGAUUAAAAAAAAAAAUUUUUAUUUAUUUUUGGUAUUUUGAAAUAAUAAUCAUAUCUCCAUGUUUAUGUAUAGUUUUUAAGUGUAGAGAAAAUAAUGGAGAUAUAAUACUUGUUUUGAUUGACAAGAUUUUUGUUAUGAUAGAAAAAUUUCAAUACACAAACUUUUCAAGGUAAUAUAACAA